AUGACAUCCCUGCCCGCACUGCCUCCCGCCGCAGCUGCGCAUGCUGCCCCUGCUGCUGCUUCUCCUGAGCCUGCUGCUGCCGCCUCCAGCCUCCAGACGCAGGAACGGCGGCAGCACAAUACCUCGGAUAGUAUACCGCGUGGACCUCUCCCCACCUCGCUGUUGGUGCUGGCAGAGGCCCUAGACGGCUCCUUCUGCCCACUGAUAAAUGAACUGACGCAGCAACUUGUGCAGCAGCUGCUGCUGCUCCACGAAGAGCAUCCCUGCCUCUUCCAGCUUGCGGAGUCUCCUUCGGGGGGCCCUCACGAAGGCUCCUUGAGGAACUCUCCAGGGCUUCCCGCCUUCUCUCUUGAGGUGGAGGGGCGCUUAGGAGUCAUAAGGGAGCGCGAUAGCGGAUCCAGGCUGCAGCUCCCCGUCGCGAGCCACGCGGUGCUGCAGCCUUCCUUCUGCAUGCAAGUCGGUGGCCCCUCGGGGGGGCCCCCCGAGGGGGAGGAGGGCCCGCAAGCACGCUUUGUAGCGGGUGUAUCACCUGCCCAGUUCGCCGAUCUGAAGGAGCUUUUGUUGAAGAACGUCGCACUGAACUCGAGGGCUGCAGGCCGUCGUCUGCAGGUGCACUUAGCCUUGAUGGGGAUAGAGCCUUCUUCUGGAGGAUCUUUGGAGUCUCCCGACGAGCACACUGACACUGAGGAGGAAGAGGACUCCCUGAACGCCUCCCCAGCCGUGCGAAGCCGCCAGCAAGAAAAAGGCUCCAUUCAGAGCUCCCGCGUUAUGCGGGGAGGAGGCGUCUACUCGCUGGAGGGCGAGGACUGGACAGUGCUCUCAGAGAAGGAAACGGAAGAGAACUACUUUCACAUUCCAGCGCUCCAAGCAGCUGCACGGUUCAGUUCUCUCAGGGGCCCCUCGCUGCCGGGGGGCCGCGGGGGGCCCCUGCUAGGGAUGAGCGGGCUGCCAGGCGCCUCCAUGCACAUUCAGAAUCUGAAUCAACUGCUGGUCAAUCCGGGAAUCUACAAGAGGGGCCUGUUGCAGUGGAAUGUGUACACAGGGGCGGACAAAGACGACGCAUUUCGUUCCACCGAGUUGUGGAGCUCCUCCGCAGCCGGAGCGGAAGAUGUGGCAGAGAGGCCUCGAGUUGACUACCGUUUGGCCAUCAAUUUCGAGCACAAAAUCGAAGUGAAGGAGCUGCAAAAAUCACUAAUGCAGGCGGGGGGGGCCCCCCAAGGUCGCGGGGCCAGUGCCGGAUAUGGCGGCUCUGUGGGCUCUGCAGAGCCGCAGUUGCGACGCCAGCGGCAUCGGCAGAGCCUCGCUAUUCUCCAUAAACAGAAGACAGGCGAUCCGCGUCCGUUGUGGUGUCUGUGUGCCACCUUUCUUUCCCUGCUGCGCGAGUUGGCUGCUCCCUUGAACUCUCCUUUGGGAGUUAAGGGGGGGCCCACGAAGGACGUGUCUAGGCUCACCAACGGUGUUGCAUUGGCGGAGGGGGAAUGGGCAGAUCUUGGUGACGUGCAGCUAACCGAAGCAGAAGGCUCGGCUUUCAAGCACUUUUUAUCUGACAGGCUCCCCCUCAUUGGAGAUUAUGCAUACCGGGCAGUAGCGCAGAGCAUGAAGGCAAAGAGUGCGGACGGGACUGAGGUUGCGCCCUCUCUAUGCGAAUUUCUGAAAAAUCCAGAAGUUGAGCAAAAGUGUCUCUACACCCACAACAAAACACAAAUUCCGGGACCGUGGAUCCCCCAUAGAGAUGCUGACGGCAGAGUCCAUCUGGUGGAGCUGCAGCGCUGA